GGCAUCUGCCCCUUCAUGUAUCUGGGCAGGUGGUGCGUGGGGGCUCUCCAUAGCACGGCGACCCUGUCCUCAGGGAGAACCUGCGCAUUGUAUGGGCUUCGGCUCAUGCACCGUCCCAAUAUUUUCCCGUCCCGCUCCGGCCACUCUAGCUGGGCGGGCUCUUUUGCGUUAGGGAGGCGGGGCUGACCCUAACCCU